AUGUACGUCGAGCAUCGUUCUGAUGUCCAUCUCAUUCCUCCACUGGAUGGCUUAGUGAAAAGCGCCAGGCAAUGGGUAGCGACGGCUACCAACGACGUUGUUGUCAUGGAGCACGCCUCGAGUCACGACGUUAGUGACGCAUACGCCGAUGCAACAUCUCCAUACCCACAUCCUCGGGGCUCAACCACUGCGAAAGAGAGCAAUGACAAGGGCGGUCAUGGAGAAAGUGAUGCAGCUGUCCGUGUGCAGAACUCUGAAGUCGAUACAGAUCAUGAUCAGAUUCAAUAG